AUGGUUGCCGGCGGCUACUUCACGGAUGCACGUCGGACGAAAAUCCGUCAGAAGACAGGAGUCGGUUUCAUUGAAGAUUAUUUCCUACGAAGUGAAAUUAGUGACUAUCGGCGAUUACGAACCUUAGUGAACCUCAUCAUUGGGGUUGUUUUUUGCGCCUGUCUCUACUAUCUCGGCUGGAAGAAUUUAAACUUCGCAGACUUUCAUUUCGCCUAUGGAAUCAUUUUCAAGUGGUUUAUGAUAAUUUCAACGGCUUUCGCCUUUGCACUCAGUCCGAUGUUCCGAUGCGCUAUGCUUUGUGUGCUUCUCGGAGCUAUGGGGAAGAACGGUCAAGCCCCAUUGUCGCUACUAAUUUUGGAGAACCUCCAAGACGGAUCCAUCACCAACAUUGUCACCAACUACCAGAGAACAGCGGAGAUCUUAUUGUGCCAUCUGGAGCUUCAAGCAAAAAUUGCCUCAAAUCGCGUAUCAAUGCUGACUGGACCAGUUGAAGGCGUUCUUGAAAGGCAGUUAGAUCUGGGUCUUCAAAUGUUGAAAGAUCUCAUUAGUACUAUCCGAAGUAUCCUCGUCCCGUUUCUGGCGGAAAUCAAAACAACCAGAACUAAGGAAGAUAAGAAACUGGAUGAACGUGAUGAACAAAUCAGUAACUUGGCUAGGCGUAAAGCUCUAGAUUCGAUGAUGAUGAAUGAGAAAAAAUCCGAAGAGCACAACGAAGAUGAUGACAGCAAAGAGUCAGCUGGAAAGCCAAAGAAAGACGACGCGAAGCCGACAUGGGCAGAAUUCAAGACGAAAAUUAUGAAACGCCGUUUGGAAUCACUUGGAGCCUGCAAGCAGUUCAUGAGGAACGCACAAAUGAGCAACACAAUGGAAGGCGAUCUUAAUGACGUUGUAAAUCUCACAAACAGCUUGGACACAGAGCUGCAGGCUAACCUGCAUAUGAUGCUUGUUGAAAUGCCUCGUCUGGAAAACGUCUUCCAAGUUUCCGAACUUAAAAUGUUCGUCAGCAUUGGAGCGAACUAUGUUAAGGUGGUGCUGAGGACUGCUAAGCAAGUAGUUGAAGCCCUCUUCGUCUUCUACGUCUAUGUGAUUUUUCGUGAUUCUGUGAUUCUUAUCGAGAAUUACCUUACAGACGUCGACUACAACAACUGCUUUAUAACCAGCAAACCGACUAGGGACGAAAUGACUCGAGCGAAAACCUCGCUGAUUACAUGGUUCAUCACAGCAUUUUCUGCAACGCUGCUGAUUUUGCUCGAUUACUACUUGUAUGCCUUUCUUAAUGCGGUACGAUAA